ACUAGCUUUAACCCAAAUUCCUGAUUUACCAAACAUAAUCCAAGCUAAGUUAAUUCGCUGUUCGAAACAACAUCACAAAUCUCUCCUAUUGGCCGUUAAGUAGCGGUCAAAAAGCUCGGGAAAAAAUGUCGCUUGUCUUAAAGUAUAGAGUCUGCGGUAGCGCGAACUAUUUUAAUCCCAGACAAAUUCUUUCCUUACCUUGGCCGAAGACAAAUACCUUAGUUUUGACAUCUCAACUCAUGCUUCGAUCGAGGCCCAGCCUAAGCCUCAUUUCCUGAUGGAGGCCCAUCCUGAGUGGCCAUCACCUCAUCUCCAGCGGGACAAUCCACCCGAAUAUGCCACGUCAAUGUUUCCGGCUCAUCGACGCAAGAGUCCGGAAUCUUUGGAGGCCUUGGCAUCGAAUUCGGUGUUGGGACGGAUUCGAUCCACGGUACGCAGCGAUCGCCACGCCUCCACGUGUAGGAGUGCCCCAUUGUCAGAGCUGAUACAACGGAGUUUGCCCGCCACAAUUCGAACCCGCUUAUUAACCCAAGCCAUCCCCACGCAAAAUGAGUGGCAAUUUCCGUGUUUGAAAAAACGCGAGCACACACUCUGUCUCCAUCAUCGGGCUUGUAAAUCCGUUUACAAUUACUGCGAUUUGAUUCUCAAUAUCCUCCUCCAACCCGACAUCACGCGCGUCUGCUUGGAUCUUCGUCGCAUCGCAUUCACCCUUCACGAGAGCGUGGUAAACUGGAUUCACGCCAGUGUCGCCUCCUCUCCCCGUCCCAGUUCCCUGAUUUGUCUUCAAAUCCAAGGCGGCUCACCCCACUCCGACCACGUGCUCCCCAUCUUGAAUGAGCUGGCCAGCGCGCUAGUGGCCAGCGCCCCUCAACUCCGCGAACUCUCUCUGCCCGUGUGUUCCAAUUUGACCUUGCUCCACGUGUCCAACAUGCCCAAGCUGACCUCGCUCCAAGCCGAAAGGACGAAGAAGCUCAAUCGUCGAGGUCUUUGGCAUUUGUGCCAUCCCGACUCGAUCUCGAAAUAUCAAUUGGAAGUGCUGGAGCUUGGUGUGUUCAAGCACGAGUUCUUUCGCAAAUUGGACGUGGCCAAGUUCUUUACGUGCAUGAAACGGCUCAAGAAGUUCUCUCUUCGGGAUGAGGAGCGGAACUUGGUCCGGGCCAAUCAAGCCUCACCCUCCGUAGGUGGGAAGAUUCUCACCUACUCGGUGAUCAAAUUGGGAAUCGUGGAUGCGGAGAGCGGCAAACAUCCGGACCUGUUUCCCCGUGGCGAAUUCAAAUGCCAACUCAAGGAGCUCAAGGUGGUGGAUCGCCACCUGAAACCCGAGUAUCUUCUCACGGCCUGUCCGGAUUUGGAGAAGCUCACCAUCGACUGGCAAGAAGAUCUAGCUUGGGCUCCGUUUCGUGUGUUCAGUGUGGAUUGGUUCUCGCAAAUGAUCCUAUCCCCAUCUUGGCGGGAGUUAUGUCUCAAGUUGUCAGAUUUAGAACUGGUCCUGCCCUUGGCCCACGGAGCUGAGCGCUACAGUCUGCCUUUGGAAGACUUUUCCGUGCUCAUCCAGGCCUUGAAUGGCCUUAAACGGCUCAAGAUCAGGGGUGCCGGAGGACAAGAUCCAUUGCCUCUGUCGCAGAUUUUGCAAUCCUGCCCGGAUUUGGAGCACCUUAUUCUGGAGAGGACUUCGGUCACGGUGCCUCAAGAUUAUGAAGUGAUCGAAAAUGUAUCUGUUUGCCAGAACUUGAGGGCUUUCUCCUUUGUGGAGAGCCUGACCAGUAUGGCCACCAGUCGACGGCUGACCUCGUUCAUUUUGUAUUAUAUGCCCAACCUUGAGAGGCUGGAAUUGCAGCCCGAGACGACGUUCAGUUUUUCGGGGCUCAAACCCCGAGAAUUGGAGAAGCUGGCGGGUCUGCUCAAGCUAACUCGUUUGUCUGUGGCAUUGUCACUGAAGGCGUAUAUUAUGAACUUGCCGGAGAUCAUCUUUAUCCUGCGGAAGUUUCCUCAGCUGAGAUACUUGGUGAUCUCCUGGGGAAAAGCGCAUUCUGUGUUCAACGAAAUCGGAAAUAAGAGGAUGAACUCUAUGACGAAUUGGCUGCAUAGCGCUCUUCAGAGCGAGAAUGCCAAUAUUCAUUUGGAAAUCGAUUUCCUUCUCCAUGGAAACACUCUCUUAACCUCUUGAUCUCGUAUUUGUACUCUGUUUUUAGCUAUUGAUUAUCAUGAAGUUAAUGAUAACCAUUCAUCAAACUCGACUAAAUGACAUAUUAUGUAAAAAAAACGCCGUAACCUGUGUUCCCUAUUUUUAUUUUCGGACGAAAUGAUCGAUUCGAUAUUCCCUCACAACUUGUUUUUUGACUGCUCUUUCAAAGCGGAGAAGCGAACAAACCAAUAAUGGACGAAGAAGGGGUUUGUUAAUAUUUAUUAUUGGUGCUAACUAUUGCAGAACUCUACAAUGUCAAUAUGAUCAUAGAAUUCUAGAGGAGACGGUAGAGCUGAUGGAUCGACUGAUUGAUAGAUAAGCGGGAGAAAGAGAGACAAAAAACUUGCACAACUAAGUGUAUGUAUGUAC